CCCGCCCGCCCCGGCCGCGUCGGAGGGCCGGCAGCGGGGCUGGAUGUGCCCGGCUCCCCCCGCGCUGAGGUGGGCAGCGAUGCAGAAGGCAGGCGGCAGCUUCGCCUCCGCCGAGAGACACCCGCUCAAGAUGGCAGAUGUGUGUUGAGUUUGGGGGGCUGCGAUCUCGCGUCGUUCGUGGCGGCGUUGCCAUGAAUAACAGGCGUCCUUGCACCGAUGGCCCCCAUGUACGAAGGUAUGGCCUCGCAUGUGCAAGUUUUCUCUCCUCAUACCCUUCAGUCAAGUGCCUUCUGUAGCGUGAAGAAACUGAAAGUGGAGCCGAGUUCGAACUGGGAUAUGACUGGGUACGGCACACACAGCAAAGUCUACAACCAGGGCAAGAACGUGCAGUCCUCCCAAGCAGCCGCCGCAGCAGCCGUCAACGCCUCCCUGCAGAUCCCCAACCCCAGCAUCCCUUACGAGCAGACCAUCAUCUUCCCAGCAAGCACGGGGCACAUCGUGGUUACAUCUGCCAACAGCACCUCCGGCGUGGUCGCGGUGUCUGGGCAAACGCUGGGCGGGCCGCACAACCUGAUGCGUCGCAGCACUGUGAGCCUUCUGGACACCUACCAAAAAUGUGGACUUAAGCGCAAGAGCGAGGAGAUUGAGAACACAAGCAGCGUGCAGAUUAUCGAGGAGCAUCCGCCAAUGAUUCAGAACAAUGCCAGUGGGGCCACUGUAGCCACCGCCACCACCUCCACGGCCACUUCCAAAAACAGUGGCUCCAACAGUGAAGGGGAUUACCAGCUGGUGCAACAUGAGGUGCUCUGUUCCAUGACCAACACGUACGAAGUGUUAGAGUUUCUUGGCCGUGGAACCUUCGGACAAGUAGUCAAAUGCUGGAAACGUGGCACUAAUGAGAUUGUGGCUAUCAAGAUCCUAAAAAAUCACCCUUCUUAUGCCCGGCAAGGCCAGAUUGAAGUGAGCAUCCUGGCUCGGCUGAGCACGGAAAGUGCGGAUGACUACAACUUUGUCCGUGCUUAUGAAUGCUUCCAGCACAAGAAUCACACAUGCUUGGUAUUUGAAAUGUUGGAGCAGAACCUCUAUGAUUUCUUAAAACAAAAUAAAUUCAGUCCCUUGCCCCUUAAGUACAUUCGACCAAUUCUCCAGCAGGUAGCAACUGCCCUAAUGAAGCUGAAAAGCCUGGGACUGAUUCAUGCUGAUCUCAAACCAGAGAACAUCAUGCUGGUAGACCCAUCCCGACAGCCAUAUAGGGUCAAGGUCAUAGACUUUGGUUCAGCUAGCCAUGUGUCUAAGGCUGUGUGUUCUACUUACCUUCAAUCUAGAUACUACAGAGCCCCUGAAAUCAUCCUCGGUUUACCCUUUUGUGAAGCAAUCGAUAUGUGGUCAUUGGGAUGUGUCAUUGCAGAGCUGUUCUUGGGCUGGCCCUUGUACCCAGGAGCUUCAGAGUAUGAUCAGAUUCGCUACAUUUCACAGACACAGGGCUUACCAGCAGAGUACUUGUUAAGUGCAGGGACAAAGACCACGAGGUUUUUCAACAGGGAUACAGACUCACCAUAUCCCUUGUGGAGACUGAAGACGCCAGAUGAUCAUGAGGCAGAGACGGGGAUUAAGUCCAAGGAAGCAAGAAAGUAUAUUUUCAACUGUUUGGAUGAUAUGGCACAGGUGAACAUGACAACGGAUUUGGAGGGCAGCGAUAUGUUGGUGGAGAAGGCAGACCGGCGGGAGUUCAUAGAUCUGCUGAAGAAGAUGCUGACGAUAGACGCGGAUAAGAGGAUAACCCCCAUCGAAACUCUGAGCCACCCCUUUGUCACCAUGACGCACUUGCUCGACUUCCCUCACAGCACACAUGUCAAGUCCUGCUUUCAGAACAUGGAGAUUUGCAAGCGGCGGGUGAAUAUGUACGACACGGUGAACCAGAGCAAGACACCAUUCAUCACCCACGUGGCCCCAAGUACAUCGACCAACCUGACCAUGACUUUUAACAACCAGCUCAACACAGUCCACAACCAGACCACCAACCUGGCUCCCACCUCCUCCAGUGCCACUAUUUCCUUAGCCAACCCCGAGGUCUCCAUACUAAAUUACCAAUCUGCACUCUACCAGCCCUCAGCGGCGUCCAUGGCUGCGGUGGCCCAGCGGAGCAUGCCCCUGCAGACGGGAACAGCGCAGAUCUGUGCCCGGCCAGACCCCUUACAGCAAGCCCUCAUCGUCUGCCCUCCAGGCUUCCAAGGGUUACAAGCGUCCCCUUCGAAGCACGCCGGGUACUCGGUGCGGAUGGAGAACGCCGUCCCCAUUGUCACCCAGGCUCCUGGGGCCCAGCCUCUUCAGAUCCAGCCAGGACUCCUCGCGCAGCAAGCAUGGCCCAGUGGCACUCAGCAGAUCCUGCUCCCUCCUGCCUGGCAGCAGCUGACCGGAGUGGCCACCCACACAUCUGUCCAGCACGCCACCGUCAUCCCGGAGUCCAUGGCAGGCACCCAGCCGCUGGCAGACUGGAGGAACACGCACGCCCACGGCAGCCACUACAACCCCAUCAUGCAGCAGCCCACGCUGCUGGCCAGCCACGUGGCCCUGCCCGCCGCCCAGCCCGUCAACGUGGGCGUCGCGCACGUCAUGCGCCAGCCGCCCGCCGCUGCCUCCGCCAGGAAGAGCAAGCAGCACCAGUCAGCUCCACGCAAUGCAUCCACGUAUGAAGUUUCAUCCUCCCAGUCCAUCAGCUCGCCCCAGCGGUCGAAGCGCGUGAAGGAGAACACGCCUCCCCGCUGUGCCAUGGCGCACACCAGCCCUGCCUGCAGCACCUCGCUGACGUGCGGCUGGGGCGACGCGGGCGGCGGCGCGCGGGAGCGGCAGCGGCAAACCAUCGUCAUCCCCGACACCCCCAGCCCCGCCGUCAGCGUCAUCACCAUCAGCAGCGACACGGACGAGGAGGAAGAGCAGAAGCAUGCACCCACCAGCACCUUGUCCAAGCAGAGGAAGAAUGUCAUCAGCUGUGUCACCGUGCAUGACUCCCCCUACUCCGACUCCUCCAGCAACAACAGCCCUUACGCCGUGCAGCACCGCACAGGGCAGAACAAUGGGAACAGCUACGACACCAAAGGGGUUCCAGAGACUCACUGCAAUGGGAACCCCCGAACCAUCAUUGUGCCACCACUGAAAACCCAGGCCAGUGAGGUGUUGGUAGAGUGCGAUAGCCUGGCACCAGUCACCACCAGUCACCACUCAUCCUCCUACAAGUCCAAGUCCUCCAGCACCGUGACCUCCACCAGCGGUCACUCUUCAGGGAGCUCGUCUGGAGCCGUUGCCUAUAGGCAGCAGCGACCAGGAGCACAUUUCCAGCAGCAGCAGCCUCUAAAUCUAAGUCAGGGCCAGCAGCACAUUUCGACUGACCGCGCAGGGAGUCACCGGCGACAGCAAGCCUACAUCACUCCAACGAUAGCUCAGGCCCCGUACUCCUUCCCGCACAAUAGCCCCAGCCACGGCACGGUCCAUCCCCACCUGGCCGCCGCCGCCCACCUGCCCACGCAGCCCCACCUGUACACAUACACCGCCCCCGCCGCCCUGGGCUCCACGGGCACCGUCGCGCACCUGGUGGCGUCGCAGGGCUCGGCGCGGCACGCGGUGCAGCACGCCACCUACCCCGCCGGCAUCGUGCACCAGGUCCCCGUCAGCAUGGGCCCGCGCGUCCUGCCCUCGCCCACCAUCCACCCCAGCCAGUACCAGGCUCAGUUUGCCCAUCAGACCUAUAUCAGUGCUUCUCCAGCCUCCACAGUCUACACUGGAUACCCGCUGAGCCCCACCAAGGUCAACCAGUACCCUUACAUCUAAACACUGGAAUAAAGAGCGAGAGAGACGCGCCCGGCCCGGGGGGAGUGAGGCAGCCGCUUUUGUGUUGAAGAAGGUGACAAACUAACAAUGCAAUGGGAGGCCCGUGUGAAACUUGAACGAAGGAGACUUUAGGAAGAAAAGAAAAAGAGGAAAGAAGGGGGGAAAAACCAAUUCUACAGUUUUUAUU